UGAGAAUACGUGUUCUUUCUUCGAGCUCAACCUGUUGCUUUAUUAGUAGCACCUAACAACAUCACCAUUGUAGUUAUAGACGACUCUUUAUUUAUAAAUCACAAUGUCGAGCGAAAAGACAACAGUGCCAGAAUCACAGGCUCCUCUCCCAGCUGAAAAUCCUACCCCAGAUUCUGUAGAGGAGAAGACAGUGCCAGUCGGCGACGCCAAAACUGAGCAAAAAGCUGGAUCCAAUGUUGCUGCUGCUGACGAUGACUUGGAUGACUUAGACGAUCUCUUGGACGAUUUUGCAGACGACGUGUUGAACAAGCCUCCUGGCUCUGCCCUUGCAGGAGCUGGAGGUGCCGAUACUGCCGGAAAGAAAACUGCUGAUGCUCCAUUGAAUGACGAGUUCAAGCUCAAUAUCGAGGGCUUGAUUAAAGACUUGAACAUUGAAGACCCUGAGACGAAAGACCAGUUCGAAGACUUGGUGAAGCAGUUUGAAGUCAACCACAGAGCUGAUAUCGAGGCUGAGGAAAAGAAGCCGUACAACUUCGAGUAUGUGAUGAAGGAAACCAUGGAGAGAUUAAAAAAAUCGGGUGAAACAGUUGAUGAAAAGAUCAAAAACGAUCCUUCUGCUGCUAAUCCGGAAGAUAUGUUAUCAGAAUUGUUGGCUGGCUUUGGAGGAGCCGGUGGAGCUGGCGAUAUGGAUAUGUCCAAGUUGUUGUCUGAUAUGUUGGAACAGUUGUCGUCCAAGGAGGUGUUAUAUGAACCUAUAAAAGACCUCAAUACAAAGCUUCCAGGCUAUUUGAAGGAGAACAAGGGUGUGAUAAACGAAGUCCAGUACGCUAAGUACUCCAGCCAGUACGAUAUCACAGGUGAGAUAUUGGCUGUCUUUGAUGCUCCAGGGUAUUCCGACGACCAAAAAGACAAGAGAGAGAAAGUCAACUCGUUGUUGGAAUCGUUGCAAGAGUUCGGCCAGCCCCCAGUCGAAUUGGUGGGUGAAGGUGGUAUCCCAGGCUUGGAUGGAGGUUUGGGAGGAGAUGGUCUUGACUUCAACGACAAGGACUUGCCAAAGGACUUGGAGAAGCAGUUGGAAGACGGAUGUAAACAGCAAUAG